AUGUCUUUCCCACAGGCUACUCCCGAGAGACUGAGUGAGCUUAUUGAGAACUAUGAGCAAGUAUUGAACCAGGUUAAAAGCCACCAAAAAUCGGCUCCCGUCACCCUUGUGGCGGUUUCAAAGUUGAAGCCUUCGUCAGAUAUCAUGGCAUUAUACAACCACGGUGUGCGUCAUUUUGGAGAGAACUACGUGCAAGAGCUCAUCGGGAAAGCCAAGGAACUUCCACAAGACAUCAAGUGGCAUUUCAUUGGUGGCUUGCAAACGGGGAAAUGUAAGGAUUUGGGCAAGGAUAUUGCCAACUUAUACGCUGUAGAGACUAUAGAUGCCUUGAAGAAGUGCAAGAAGUUGGAUGCCGCAAGAAAGGCCGCCAAUUUACCUGUCAUCAAUGUAUAUUUGCAAGUGAAUACUUCUGGCGAAGAACAGAAGUCUGGCUAUCGUUUAAACAAUUUGGAGGAGGUUUAUGAGACUGUAAACUACCUUACAAGUAGCGAUUGCCAGCAUUUGGAGUUACAAGGCUUGAUGACCAUUGGGUCGUUUGCUCAAUCUACCUUGGACGGUGAGGUAAAUGAGGACUUUGCGAAGUUGGUGGAAAUGAAGGAGAUUCUCGAUAAGAAGUACUCUACAGACUUAAAAUUGAGCAUGGGUAUGAGUAGCGACUUCACAACCGCCAUUUCUCAAGGCUCCACUAGUGUGAGAGUAGGUAGCUCUAUCUUCGGUGCUAGACCUCCAAGAAACGGCCAUUAA